AUGCUCUCCCGGAGCCUCAUGGCUGCCCGCCAGCCACUUGGCGCUGGCCCCGCCGGCCCGGCGCGCCACUGUCACUCCGGCCUGGAUGGGAACGGGGAGGGCCCGGACCCCCGACCUCCUCUGGUUCUGCGGCUCCCGUCCCUCGCCCGCUCCGCCCUCGCGGCCUCCUGCUCCUGGAUCUCGGUUCCCCCCGCCCAGAGGCGGGCUCGCCAGCAUCCCGCCUGGCCCGGCUCCCCCGCCCAGCUCAGCCUGCAGGCCGUCCCACCUCGGCGCCGCGCCUCGCUCCGCUCCCCGGCUCCCUACACCCCCACCCCGCACCUCAUGCGCUUUCCCCACGCCCCCCACGGAGGUCCCUCCGUUGGCCGUUCCGGGUCUCGCGGGACCCCUGCAGGCCCCCUCCCUCCUGGCACCGAAGCCUUGCCCCUCCGGGGCGCCAUCCCCACGCCGCCUACUCGCCUCUCUCCUCCCCCUCAGCCGCCGGAGCACUUGCUUCCCUUGAAGGGCGAUGUCGCUGCGCAUCACCCCGCGCGGGUCCUCGCCACCCCGGGCCCCAGCCUGCUGCACCCCCAGGCGCCCCGCAGACGCCGCUACACGCUGACCGCAGCCAGGCUGCGCUGGGACCACUUCAACCUCACCUACAGGAUCCUCUCCUUCCCACGGAACCUGCUGAGUCCCAGCGAGACCCGGCGGGGCCUGGCCGCUGCCUUCCGCAUGUGGAGUGACGUGUCCCCCUUCAGCUUCCGAGAGGUGGCCCCUGAGCAGCCCAGUGACCUCCGCAUAGGCUUCUACCCAGUCAACCACACCGACUGCCUGGUCUCCGCGCUGCACCACUGCUUCGACGGCCCCACCGGUGAGCUGGCCCACGCCUUCUUCCCCCCGCACGGUGGCAUCCACUUUGACGACAGCGAGUACUGGGUCUUGGGCCCCACCCGAUACAGCUGGAAGAAAGGCGUGUGGCUCACCGACCUGGUGCACGUGGCUGCCCACGAGAUCGGCCACGCACUGGGCCUGAUGCACUCGCAGCACAGCCGUGCGCUCAUGCACCUCAACGCCACACUGCGCGGCUGGAAGGCGCUGUCGCAGGAUGAGCUGUGGGGGCUGCACCGGCUCUACGGCUGCCUGGACCGGCUGUUUGUGUGUGCAUCCUGGGCUCGGAGGGGCUUUUGCGACGCCCGCCGAAGGCUCAUGAAAAGGCUCUGCCCCAGCAGCUGCGACUUCUGCUACGAGUUCCCCUUCCCCACAGUGGCCUCCACCGCGCCGCCUCCCAGGACCAAAACCAGGCUGGUGCCAGAGGGCAGGAAUGUGACCUUCCGCUGCGGCCAGAAGAUCCUCCACAAGAAAGGCAAAGUGUACUGGUACAAGGACCAGGAGCCCCUGGAGUUCUCCUACCCCGGCUACCUGGCGCUGGGUGAGGCGCACCUGAGCAUCAUAGCCAACGCCAUCAACGAGGGCACGUACACUUGUGUGGUGCGCCGGCGGCAGCGUGUGCUCAGCACCUACUCCUGGCGAGUCCGUGUGCGGAGCUGAGCAUCUGCCCGUGGGCCGAGGAGGCUGAUAAAGCACUUUCUC